AUGCUUGCUGGAAAUACAGAAAUCGGCCUUAAAAGAGUAGGAACAUCGGUCACAGUACCUGCAGACCCCCGGGCUAGGUUGAUGUACUAUUUAAGGUGUAUUUGUCAAGUUCUCAGUUUGGAUGACGACAACUUGGACCGACUCACAGAUUUUACUUACUACUACACCCUGACAACAAAUGAACUAGAUGCACUGCUCGUUUUAUGUAUUUUACUAAGCCCGGAUAAUUUGGUCGGAAAAUGCAUUUUCCAGGACGACGAACUAUGCGGGGACUUGGUUACUCAGUUUUAUGAACUGAGUGCGGUACAGAACCGAUUUUUGGUGACAGAUACCGUGUUACUUGGAAGUCAACGAAAACAUAUAAAGAAAAUAAUGACUUUCAAGAGAACAUUUCUGCAAAAUUACUAUGUUAUUCCAAUUGCGACUUUCGCUGAUAGACUGCGAGUUAUUGCGGGCAUAAAUGACCAGCCAAGUGUUUCAUACCACGUGACUGCGAUUGUCACCCAGCCUCAGCCUAUAAGAGAGCCUCCAAAGCAGAAGUGUUACGAGAGGGCGUGCUUGCAUCUCUGUAUAACAUGUAUUUUUCCUUUAUGGAUUUUCGUUUGGUGUUGUUUUUGUGCAUGGGAGGUCUAG